AUGGCACUGGCUAGCUGGCAUUGGAACUUCUUCUUUUGCGCUGCGCUGCUUUGCUCUUCCUACGCUGAAUGGUGCGGCUGUCAGCAGCGGGAAUUCUGUGGAUGCGAAGCACGGGUGGUGCACUUUCCCAGACCGGCUUUUCGAACAGAAUUGGCAAUACAACGGCACAAGCUGGCGCAGUUGAGAAAGGAACUCAGCGUAUCAUUUGAUCCCGACAAAAAUAUUGAAAAGCUCAUGGUCAAGGCGAAGGUUCAGAAGUUGGAAUUGCAAGAGGUAGAUUAUCAACGGCUGAACGCGUUGGAAGGCGUUUAUGAUUGGCUCCCGAUUCGCGUGCCGCAUCGCGUUGCCAAGAAGGAGGAGCGAUUCUUGCCCGGCGCAAUGGCGCGGUUCUUCAAACCUGGCCUCAUCAAAAACCAAGCUGGCUCGUGGAAGAGAUAUUGGAGCGCACCAGUGCGCAUGAGCAAGAUCUACAAGAAUGCCGACCUCUCGGCCUUCCUUUACCUUUGCUUAAACAAGAGCAGUAUGGAAGAGAACUGGUACCUGACCAAGAGAGAUGACAUGAUCACCUGGGCGGGCAAGACCUUCAGACAUUUGAGGAACCAAAGCG